AUGGAAAAGCCGGUCAAUACCAAGGAAACGUCGUUUGAAGUCACGGCUUCCAGCUCGGGAGCUAGCCAGCUGGCAAUUGAGAGAGGUACUGAGAAACCGACACGCAGUGGUAAUCUGUAUUCCAGCUUGAAGAAACUGUUUCACGAUGUCGUCUGGACAUUCAAUACAGCUUCGGACGGGGUGCAAGACUGGACCCCAUUCUUCCUUGUGCUGUCCUACUUCGUCUUCUCGACGACUAUCUAUAUGAACGCGACAUCUGGAAUCAUGAAAGUAUUUUGGUUUCUCUAUUUGAUGACCAACACCUACAUUGCUAGCGCGACAGUGAUAGAAGCCGUUAUGAGCACGGGAGCAUUCCACGAUGCAAAAAAGACCGUGGAAAAGGUGGCCAAAAAGAACUGGCAAUUCCCAACCCUAGACAGCGAUCUACUGAAGCUGGAUAUUAUUAUUGUCGCCUACCUACCCAAUGAGCAAGAUAUUGUUAUGGACCGCGUCACCUACCUGCUGGAGGAGAUCAUUUAUCCGCGGGACAAGCUUCGCAUCAACUUGAUUUACAACACCCCCUACGCCAUCCAGCCGUUAGAGGACGAACUACAUGAGCUCGCACGAAGAAACCCGGGCAAUCUCCGGGUAAUCAAAGUACCGAACUCCACGUCCAAGGCGGACAAUAUCAACUAUUACUGCAUGAUGAAUGGGAUCGAUGCAGAUGUUUCAGCCAUCUUCGACUGCGACCACUACCCACACCCGUAUGCUCCUCGCUGGGCGAUGGAGCGGUUUGCCAAAGACAAAUCGGUUGACAUUGUCCAGGGUCGGUGUGUGAUUCUCAACGCCAACGAUAACCUAAUGACCUCUAUGAUCGGAAUCGAGUUUGAUAAAAUCUAUGCAGUUUCUCACCCGGGACGUGCGGCCAUGUUUAAUUUCGGCCUGUUCUGCGGGUCAAAUGGGUACUGGCGUACGUCUCUUUUACGCGAACUGAAGAUGGAUGAUACGAUGCUCACCGAAGACAUCGAUUCGGCGCUCAGAGCGUUCGGACGUGGAGCCAAUGCUGUGCACGACCUGAAUGUCACGUCCUUUGAGCUGGCACCUGUCACAAUGUCUGCAUUCUGGAAACAGCGGCUGCGCUGGUCGCAGGGUUGGGUGCAGGCUAGUUUUCGCCACAUGCAUCUCGUGUGGAGUCGGUCGCCAGACAGCUCCAAACACCGCAGCCUCAGACAAAGAUUCGGGAUCCUGUCGCUGCUCUUUGUGCGCGAACUGAGCUACUACCUGAUUACGCAGUACCUGUGCCUCGUGUUCAGUAUCGUCAUUAUCCAUUUUCCGAAAAGCGGGCACGAGCUGUACCUGUUGCUGUUCUUCCAGUACCCCGUUGCCUGGUGGCUAUUCCUAUUCAGUCUCUUUUCCUUCGUGGGUACACUUUACGUCACGCUCCACUUCCGAUCUGAGUUCACUCGUUGGUAUUCAGUCCCCAUCUUUGCAAUGAGCUAUCCUAUCCAGCUCGUGUUGACGGCAACCCUCGGUCUCUUUGGGCAUGCACGCCAAGUGAGCAAGUAUGUCAAGUGGAACCCAACACCCCGAGGUUAA